AUGUUAUGCUUUUUUACAAUGUUUAUGUUUGCUUUAUCCAUUGACUGGUGUUGGGAGGGUGACAUGUUACAAUGUUUUAACGAGAAAAAAGAACAUUGCGACUCGUCUUUUGUUUCUUACACAAAUGAAUCGCUAAGUCUUUUUGGUGGGAAUUCACAAAUUGUCAGAAUAACGUGUACUUCAAUCUUAGCAUUAGAAAUUGAUAUUCCAAAUGAUUUGGUUUCAAUAUGGAUUUUAUUAAAUAACACCAAGCUACUUAUCAAAACAAAAAACGAAAUGUUGGUCAAUAAAAACGUUGAAAAUUCUGAAUAUUUUUUAUUUAAUGAUUUUAUGAAAACAUCAAAAAACAACACUUCCAAUUUAAAAAGUGGAGGAGUUAACUGUGGCGGUUAUUAUAACAAAUAUUGCUUAAGUUGUAUGAGUGGCAAAAUGAGUUGCAAACAAUGUGAAGAUGGAUAUAGCCCGAUGUAUGACAUUAAUGAUGGUUAUGAUGGUGAAAUUGUUCAAUGUGCAAACGUACUGACAACAACACAGUAUUGGUGGUGUGGCACUGACAACGAAAAUUAUUUGGAUUCAAAUAAAAAAUGUAGAGUACAAAACUGCUAUAGUGGAGAUGUUGCUGGGUCGAAAGGAACUGCAGGUACUUGUAAACAAUGCAAGAAUGAUUACACAAACUAUUACGACAAUUAUUGCCACAUAUGCGAACGUGGUAAAUAUUAUGAUGGUCACGACUGUGUAAAUUGUCGAAGUCGAUGCCUCACCUGUUUGUAUAAAGAUAAAUGUACAUCUUGCAAUUCUAAAUACUCAAAUAACUAUUAUGGGUUUUGUUACAAAUGUGAAAAGGGAUUUUAUUUCGAUAUCGAUGUUUGUAAUAAAUGUAUGAAUGAAUGUGGUUUAUGUUCUUCAAAGGAAAAAUGUGAUAUUUGCAUCAAUGGUUAUUACAUUUAUGAUAAUUCUUGUUUUGUUUGUCCAGAGGGGUGUUCUACGUGUUAUUACGAGUCGGGACAAAUUUAUUGUGAAACGUGUUUGAUUGGAUAUUACUUAGAUUUAUACUCUUGUAAAAAAUGUAUAAAUUGUUUGAGAUGUAAAUCAGAUACAGUUUGUAUAAAAGGGACGUGUUCAGAAGGUUAUUAUGAGAAACAAGUUUAUAAUUAUGUUCAAUAUUAUUAUGAAUAUCAAUGUAUUGCUUGCAAAGAAGGAUGUUUAACUUGUACUUCUGAUGAGUGUUUGAUGUGUAAAACGGGGUUUUACCUUCAAAGUGGUGUUUGUGUAACAUGUCCUAACACGUGUUCUUUGUGUUCCACGACAAGUGCAGAAUGUAUAGAGUGCCAGCAAAACUACGUGUUCCAAAAUCCCAAAACAAUCGAAUGUGAUUUGUGUUCUUCUUUUGAUAUAAAUUGCAAAACAUGUGAUUCAAGUUUUCUUAGAAGGUGUUAUGAGUGUCAAAGUGGGUAUUAUCCAUCUUCUUCAACUAACAUGUGUAUCAAAUGUUCUUUAACAUGUGAAUCGAAUGGGUGUAACACUGUCACUGGAGAAUGUCAGACAUGUGCUGACAAUUACACAAUAACAUCAACUCCAGGUGUAGACUGUGGUUUAUGUUCUGAUUUUGAUUCCAAUUGCGAAACAUGUUUAAAAACAACAAGAAAAUGCAACAAAUGUAAAGCUAGUUAUUACCCACAAACUGUUUCACCAUUUAUGUGUCAACAAUGUGAUGAGACUUGUGGAAACAAAUGUGAUCAAGAAUACGGGUAUUGUACUUCGUGCAAACUUGGUUAUGUUUUAAAACUUGAUAAACAGUCUUUAAUAUGUGAGUCUUGUCAAUCAUUUGAUCCUAUUUGUCAGACAUGUGCUUCAAACGGAGAGAGAAAGUGUAUAACUUGUAAAGAUAUAACAGACCUGCCAGUAAUGGGACUUGCAUCAAAUGUGAUUCAACCUGUUUGGACAACUGUGAUGGAACAAAUGGAAUUUGUACCAAAUGCGUGA